AUUGUUCAGAUCUACUAACGAGUGAUCGUUCUUGGCCGUCUGGCGUUUACACAAUGGACACCUGGCAGACGCACACGCAGGUGGACGUUUUCUGUGACAUGGACACUGACGGUGGUGGAUGGACAGUGUUCCAACACCGAAUCGAUGAUAGUGUGGACUUUUACAAGAAUUUUAGCAGCUAUGAGAACGGAUUUGGAUCGCUCCAUGGAAACUUUUGGCUAGGUUUAAGGUAUAUGAAUGAAAUGACGUCUCGGAGAACCAACAGGUUACGUAUCGACCUGCAAACUUCCAACGCAACGAAGAUGUAUGACGUGUACGAGGGAUUCAGUGUUGGACCGGGUUCAAACUAUACACUACAUUUGGGCAACAGAACCGAUUCAUUACACUGUAUGAGUUAA